GCUUAUCCUCACGUACGUAGCUCCUGGAAUUCUCAAGAAGCCACCGUAGGUCUCUGGUGCCUAUCUCACAUCGUGCUUGACUCCCCACGUUCGAACCCCAUGACCAGCGCAGCUCGGCCAGGGCGCUGGAUCCCGCUGGCCAUGGCGCUCAUCCCUCCCUGCUGUUAGAUGCACAGAACGUCUCUAGCUCUCCAUAGAUGGCAGCCAGCUGCGCCCUCACCUCCUCCCAUGGUGACCUCGCCCAUGGCGGCUCCCCCUGCUCGGCGUACUCCCCUCUGCAGGAGCUCGCCCAGCCCCUCUCUGCUGGUGACCGAGCCAUCUCCCUGGACACACCCCUUCCCUUGCUACUUCCUAUGGUUGCCCUAGCCGACCUCUCCCAUGGCGUAGGAAACAGCAGCACCUCCCUCCAUGGACGUCCUAGGUCCUCGCCAUACUCUCCGUCGACCUCGUCAUCACCACGGCCACAACCUCUCUUCCGUCGUUGUGGAGACCCCGUCAGCCUCGCGUGCUGUCCGAUCCUUGCGUCGCGCCCAGGGAGGUUACAUGGAAGAAGAAGAAAAGCCCAGAGCGAUGCUCCCCAUGUGCUCGACGAAAAGCCAGAACGGGAGAUCAUCUGUUUUUUUUGUGGAAUUCGCGUCGAAUUUAUUAACGGAUGUUUGGGUGAAGAAGAAGGUUACGCCCCCUGUUCCUCCUUUCCAUGGUUCCCCACGGCAGCGGCAGGAAACAUCCCCACACCAGACGCCGAGAUCCAUGCCAGUGGCUCGAUCUUCCUCAACGUUGGCUGCCUCUCCGACCUCGCUGUGGACCUGCUGCUCACCGCCGCGUGUGCACUUUUUCCUCCGAGCAGCAGCCCCGGAUCUGCGCAGCCCCGGCCUUAUUAUCGACCUCAGUACGUUAAUUAAUCACGUGAUGUGAAGGACAAGAGCUGGAUUAAUCACAAGACGAUGUUGAUGGACGAAGCUAAAGUGGACGGAUCAACCAAGUGCCAGAAUGGGAGAUACUCACCAAGUGAUUAUCAUUUAACAACACUAACGUAGUGUUAUCCCAGGCAAGUCCCGGUGUAUUUGCCACCUCCUUGUUGUUUUAAAGAUUUUUAUUACUUAUCUGCUGCAUUAGGUGAUAGGAGUUGUGUGACUAAACAAUUGAUGCAUUACCAUUUCUUGGAAUUUGAUUAUCCUCCUUGCUACCUAUUUUAUAAAGAGAACUAAUGAGGCUUAGCCCUGCCUAGAAAAUUAAAACUUGUUCCUUUUUAAAAGAAUAUUGUGUAACACUGGAUAUGGGUUUUAUGAAAAAGAAACUUGCAGUAAUGAAGGCAUCACUCGCGAUGAUGAAUUCAUUAUUCAAGUAUUGUACCUCUGUCAGGUACAUGGUUUGAGUGUUAAAUAAUAAGAUGAGACCAGACGUUGAGCAGGAAAGGUCGCCCGUCUGUGUCGAUUAAGGACCGCUCCAAUUGUUGGCCUGCUGAUCUAGGACCCUUUAACUGGCCACAUGCCUCAUCAUGGGUAAGCUUUGCCUUGGUCGGACCAAUACCAGAACAGCUCGCAAGCACUGGGAGUGGAGAGAUGGUGAGAGUAGCUUGUACCCUCCGUGGCAAGAGACUGGAAGGUGGGGUGUUGUACUCUCGGAAACAUGGUGGGCACCAUGGCGAGAGUAACGUGUACCAACCAGGCCAACGGCUGGACGAUGGAGUACUGUGCUCUCGGGUCGCGUGAACCUGUUCUGGUCUUGAGACACCCGUGGGCGAGUUGACAUAUGCAAGGGUUAAGUGCUACAUAUGUCGUGUGGUUGGAGAUCCCUAGCUGGGUAUUAAUCGAUUCAGAUCACCGAACUUCUCGGAUAUGAAGACUGGAUCUUCGACACUCAUCGUAGAUAACAAGUGAAACUAAAGUUGAUAAAAGGAAGCUAGUGUAGGACAAGUGAAUGCUCUAGUAUAUGCAAAUCUAGAUUCAGGAAAAGUACUUAACUGGUGAAGUAAAAGCUUGGCAUAAGGAUCCACUACUAGUAAGCUAUUCUGCAAAAAUGAGUCUUUGAAAUUUGAUAAGCUUUACCUUGAUUCCCAAUAAACCAGCAUACCCUUGAGAGUCUUUUCUUUAGUCGGGUAAGUUUGCUGAGUAAUUGCGUACUCAGGGUUUUAUUCCCUGUUGUUUUCAGGUUAUAAUUUUGUUCUGUUGUGGAUGGUGCUAAGUGUCGGUGGGCUCGGCCUUCUUAUAUAAGUAUAUCCCAUCUUUAGCUUCUUUAUUGAGGAUUGUCACUUAAGCUAGCAUGUAUUUUAAAACUUAUAAAUGUUUUAUACAUUCAAAUUGUAAUCUUUUGAAUCAAUUUCUCUUGUAAUCACUCCGAUGAUAUAUUGUAAUAUUGCUAUAACUUGUAAAUGUUGUAACUUGUAAUCAUUUUGUAAUAAAGAAUUUAUUUCCGCUGCAA